GAACAAAUAUGUAGGUACAUACAUAUUUAGUAUUGAAAUUCGCGCCAAGUGCUGAACAAGUCGCUCAUUUUUUAUUUAUUUUUACAUGCAAGUAUUGCCAAGGUACUCGGCGGUUGGAUUUAUUUUCUUUUGAAUUUUCAAAUUCUUUGCAAUAGAAGUACUAGGUACAUAUAUUUGAUUCAGAUGGCUACUUUAAUACGUUCGUUGAAUUUGAAAUACCAUUUCGGAAAAUUUGGAAACGUGUCGAUUAUUCAAUUGAAAAAUUUACACAUUAACGUGAUUCCUCUGACCACAAAUUCAAGUAUUGCAGGCAGAAUUUUCAACGAACAAUUGAAAAACAUCCGAAAAUGUGAGGACGAUGAAUCAAAAUUCAGAGUAGCGCAUAAUAUUGUCAAGAAAGUUCUAUCAGAUAAAAAUAUUUGUUUUGGAUCUUCGAUUAUUUGUGACAAAAACGAAGAAAUUAUAGAACACAACGUUACUGGAGGAAAAUACAGUCGAAUGAAAUUAUUUUUAAACGCGUGCCAAAACUUCACACCAAAAUCCAAACUGACUGACGAGUUCAUUUUGCGUUCUUGGAUUUUGGGUUACCUUCCUUUGAUGCUCACGUCUUCUCUCCUGAUACUGGACGAUAUAUUUGACAAAUCCGAAACCAGAAGGAUGAAACCAGCAUGGUAUAAAAAAGUCGGCGUAGAGGAAGCCUCUCUUCAUGCAUUAAUGAUGAGCACUGGUGUUCAGAUGAUUUUGAAAACCUUUUUCAUUAAUGAACCUUAUUUUUUGUCAUGCCUCGACAUCUUCACAGAGGCAUAUUGGGCAGUUGAAAAUGUAGCCACACUGGAAUGCAACAGAAUCGAUAUGUUAGGUAAAAACAAAGAAUACUUCACAUGGGAAACCUACGACAUAAUUCGUGUUGCUCUGAAUGCGAGCAAUGCAUUCAAAUUACCAAUAUUACCAGCGAUGAAUAUGGCAGGCAUAAAAUACGAUCACGUAGCAGAAGAUUUGGAAAAACUAUUCGCAGCAUUUGGUAAAUAUUCGAUAAUUCAGAAUGAUUAUAACGAUGUAUUUGAUGAAACUAGCGGUAAAGUACAUACUUUACGAAGACAUCAAAAAUGGCAAACUCAGUUGGUUCAUCUUGACAGCACUUGAGCAUUGCAACUACACUCAAAAAGAAAUCCUACAUGACUGUUAUGGUAAAAACGAUCGUGAAUGUAUUGAAGCUGUCGUCGAAAUAUACCAGCAACUGGAUUUGAAAUGGAAAUAUUUCAAGUAUCUGGAAACAAUGUCUCGUGACAUUUCGCAGUUUAUAAAUGAAAUCGACGAUGUUAGCUUCCAAAAGCCUUUAUUAGACAUGUUUUACAUUGUAGAAAAUUGGUACCCUAAUUCUCAUUGUCAAGUGUUACAAAGGCCUACAAUGGAAAUGCAGAAUUUUUCAAAUUGCGAGUAGGCAAUAAUUUGACCAAAUUCGUAUCAACUCGCAGCACUCGUAGCAAAAAGCAAAAUGACCUAUUGAGCAAUUUUCAGAAUAAGUAAACUUAGGUACCUACUAAAUCUCUACCUAUGUAAUUCCAUUUUCACCAACUAGCCCUCCAAACAGUGAAACACCAGAAAAAAUAGAAGAAAAUGAAGAAAUAAAACAUGGGUAAAUGAACAUUCUCGAAGAUUUUCUGCAUGUGAUUUUAAAAAAUGUUUGAUGAUUUAAUUAAAUAGGUAGGUAGCUAUAAGGUACCUACAAUAAUUUUCAAUGAUUUGUUCUAUGAAUUUUUGUGCAAACCAAAAACUAUUAAAAAUGACUUCAUUUUUUACGAGUAAAAAAAUCA